AUGGCCGGACGACAGUCUUUAACACGACCGCUGCGGUCAGCGGCUACCAUCGCUCGCAGUCAGACCGCACCGAGCAAUGCGACAAGAGCGUUCACGUCGACAGCGUUACGAGGCAAAGAGAUAGCUGGUCAACAUCCGGAUCUACCCAAUCUACGACAUGCACAGCGUGGCGCACAAGGCAGAUUGCAUGUGCCUAUAGUCAAUCCGGCCGACAAGUACCAGGAGAAGGCGGAUAGCCUGCACCAGUACGGGCAAUACCUGCUCUCAUGCCUCCCCAAAUACAUUCAGCAGUACGGACAGGAUCGAUCCGCUACACACACAUUCUCCGUGUGGAAGGACGAGCUCACAAUCUACAUCCCCCCAUCCGGUGUCCUCCCGACCUUCAACUUCCUCAAAUACCACACCGCCGCCGAGUUCACGAUGGUCGCGGACAUCACCGCUGUCGACUACCCCACCCGCGACGCCCGCUUCGAGAUCGUCUACAACAUGCUGUCCGUCCGUCACAAUGCGCGCAUCAGGGUAAAGACAUACGCGGAUGAGGCGACACCUGUACCGAGCAUUACCAGCUUGUACGAUGGAGCGAACUGGUACGAGAGAGAGGUCUACGAUCUCUUCGGCGUCUUCUUCGUGGGACAUCCGGAUCUGAGGAGGAUCAUGACGGAUUAUGGCUUUGACGGACAUCCUCUGCGGAAAGACUUCCCGCUUACGGGGUACACGGAGAUCAGAUACGACGAGGAGAAGAAGCGCAUUGUGGUCGAGCCGCUGGAGUUGACGCAGGCGUUCAGGAACUUUGAGGGUGGAACGGCCAGCUGGGAGCAGGUUGGGCCGGGCAGGGACAGGAAGCCGGAGACGUUCAAGCUUCCUACACCGAAGCCUGAGCCACCGAAAGAGGGCGAGCAGAAGAAGUAG